UUUUCUAAAUUUUUGUCUGGCAGAAGAUUGUCCCCCAUCCACUCAUUCCUCCACACUCUCCUCCGAUUUCUUUUGGGGACCAGGCCUUUACAUUUCUUACUCUUUCGAUAUGGGCGCCUCGUCGUCCCACUCUAUUGACGAAGAAGAGCCCAAUGCAUAUCCCGAGAAUUUCGAUACUAGUCGAAUGGCAAUGGAGAUUCCCUCGAGCUCCCCGACGAGUAUAAAGAAAACCAAACGGGAGGAGCUGCAGCCCGACGACUCGAUGACGUCCAAACGGAAGAGAAAGGCUCUGUCCAAUGCCACCAACGACCAGAACAAGGCACCUGCCGCACCCAAAUCGCCUCAAUCGUCACCUCACGAUGCAUCCACUGCUCGUCCAGCGAAGCGCAAGAAGGUUACCGAGCCCAAACAGAAACAGACGCAAAGUCGCAAAGCGGAGACGGCAAAGCAGAAGUCGAAGGAUGCACCUAUGCCAGAUGCGGCCCCAGUCUCACAGUCCUUAAAUAACGAGGGCUCGAACGGUGCUCCCCAUACACCCAUAAAGGAAUCAAGUACACCAGAAGCUGGCACUGAAGCAGUAGGAAAAGCGCCAGAAGGAGCCAGUGAGAAUCCCACGAGCCAAGGAGAAUUCAAAAAAGGAAAGCGCGGCGUGGAUGCCAGUAAAGGAAAGGAAGGGAAAUUGGUCGGCUUCUUCACCGCGGACGAAGUCAAGAAACUGGAAAAGUUCAAGCUUCAUUUUUGCACUACCCACGGCGUCUCUAACGACACAUUCGAUCUUAUGGUUCAGCAUUCGGAAAGGGACAAAUCAACACCAUUCCCUUGUCAUGCGGAUGUCAUCACGAAACCAACAUUUUGGAAGGAGGUGUAUGAGAUUAUCCCAAACCGGGACAAGAGGUCCGUUUAUCGGUUCAUGAGGCGGCAUUUCCAAUGCUCGGCGCAGAAGCCACAUCACUGGACUCAUGAGCAAGAUGACGAGCUAAUCCUACUCCACAAACGCCAUGGGCCCAAAUGGGCUUACAUCGCCAAAAUGAUUGGUAGGAGCGACGACGAUGUUGUACAACGGUGGAAGAAUCGCCUCGAACAUCGCCGUACGAUGAACAGAGGCCCAUGGUCUGAGGUGGAAGUACGCUCGCUACAGGAACAUCUACAAGCUGCAUGGACUGCCAUGAAAGAGAUCGGGCACGAUGUUGGCCGGGAUAUCUACGAGAUGGACGAAAGUUUGAUAGCUUGGGGCCAAGUCAGCAACAAGAUGAACAACUGCCGCUCUCGACAGCAGUGUGCAGACAAAUGGCGCAAGGUAAGACGGAAGAUUCUGGCUCAGCGCACUAAGGGAAAUCCGGAUGCUUUCUAUGACCCUGUCGUCGAAACGAAACCGCCAAAGCGUCGAAGCAAGUCGAGAGCGAUUGCGACCCCGUCGAGCCAAUCGGACAAACAGUUCAAGAGUUCCGAAUUUGUGAACUCGGAUGACGACUCGGAUGAAGAAGUGACUGAGACCCCCAGUGUGGAUCAGUCAACAACGAAGACUAGCGAGGCAUCAUCUCCGGAGCCACCAAAGGCUGCAACUCUCAAGGCGAGAAGUAGUGGGGAAGCCAGUGAUAAGUCUGAUUCAGAUAGUUCUGACUCCGAAAAGUCAGAUUCAGAGUCGGAUUCAGAGGACGGGUCUGAUUCAGAUGCAACAUCCAGUGGGACUCGUAUUAAAUCUGAGGCCACAUCCACCAGUGAUUCCGGCGACGGACCCCUGAAGUUACAGAAGAUAGAACAUCCUGUGCCCAAUGGCCUGUCACAGCGAGCAAAAAGCGCCUCCAAUACUUCUGCCAAGAGAGGAAAAGUAACUCAACUGUCUACUUCCCAGCAGCAGAAAAACACAGCCCAACAGAAGAGGAAACGCUCCCCUGUGGUCUCUUCAGAGUCAGAGUCUGAAUCCGAGUCCGAAUCCGAGGACAGCGAAGACAGCGAGUCGAGAUCGCCACCCCGCAAACGGGUUUCAAACCCUACAUCAAAGGCUUCGACCGCCCUCAAACAGCAGAAAAAGACGGACAAGGUAGACACAAGCUCUGAUACAUCGUCAUCGGAAGAGGAGUCGGAUGACAGCAGUACUAGCGAUAGCGAGUCGAGCUCGUCUUCCCAAAAGACGCCGAUUACGGCUGGGAAACUCGAGAAUAGCGACAAUCAAUCCCGACGUCCAUCUGCCAGACAGGGGCUUACGAAAUCCCACAAAUUGCAGAGUCGGAUCGAGCCUCCCAGGACCAAAAGCAGUAGCUUGUCAGAUGACUCAGAUAGCGACUCAGAGGAUACAUGGUCCGAGGAUAGCGAUAGCAGUAACAGUGUUUCCAGCGACAAGAAACCUGCCAAGUCGUCAAAGCACCAUCAGCAAGUCGCCUCUGCUAAUUCUGCACGCAAGCCCACGAUACCCCCAGUUCAACUUGCUAAGAAAGCAGAUAAGAAACGCCCCAAGAUAACAAAAUCAGUCAAAUCGAAUUCGUCUGAUAUCUCCAGCUCGGAUGAGGAUGAGUCGGCGGGCCAGUCGAGAGACGCCAAGUCUGACAGCGAUUCUGAGUCGGGAACAGACUCCUCCGACUCCUCCGAGUCGGGAUCCGACCAUUGAACGAAGGAUUAUGCCGUAUUAGUCUAAUUUAAGAAGUAGGGAUCAGGUUCUGAGCCGGACCCUCUAUUGGAUUGAAUGGUCGACCUGAACCAGCUUCGAGGGAGGGUCUGGUCUGUUUGCCACACGAAUGAUGAUUAUAUGCGUGAUCCUCUUCUCUUCACCUCUUAUGACCUUUCUCCUGCAAUACUAUGAGUACAAAUAGCGUUUGUGCAAUGUUUCGGUGUCCCAUGUGGGUACAAGAAAAAAGUUUCUUAUCUCCUUGCUUCAUUCUGAGCCUUAGUGUUUCUUAUACCCUAGUUAGGUGUUCUUGGUAUAGAUAAAACAAGGCUUUUCUGGACCAGACGUUACAGACUUUCUUAUCUUAAAACCUG